CACUGUCUGGAAGUGCACACCAGUGUAUUCCAGUGUAUUCUGCAGCAUUCUUGUCCAAUAGAAGUUACGUCGACUAUCGCUAUUUUUCGCGAGGUGCGAUAUUAAAAAAGUAUGUUUCUGUAUUUCUUUCCAUGAUGAAUAAACAUUAUUCUGAUAAUCAAAGCUGCUCUCAGGAGUCUGCACUGAUGAGUGAUGGAACAUUUGAGCAACUAGAGAGUAUGGCUGGUUUAGAAAAUCCAUUUGAUGAUAAAGAGAACCUGACAUUGACUCAAGGUUCAGCAAAUCUUUGCUGCAAUUUGUCAUUUCAAUCUAUGGAAAAAUUAUUAAAGACUAAAGUAGAAAGUGAAGACAAUAAUACUGCAGGAAGAGCUUUACAUUAUUCACCAUCAGAAUUAUGUAUGUCAGUCAAUGAUCUCUAUUACAUUGAUUCAACCAAUGAUUUAAUGUUUCCUCAAAAAUACGAUUUUAAAUAUUCUCUUGGAGAUGGGGGUACUGGUCAAGACUGGAUGUACUCUGCUAAACUGCAUAAAGUUUUUAUCAAAAUGGAAAAAACUUUACCUGUACGAUUUAUGGGAUGGAAUCCCAAUACACCAGGAUUGUACCUUCGCACCGCAAUGCUGUUUAAGUUGGAAGAAUAUAGAAGCGAUCCGGUUAAAAGAUGCCAUAACCACAUGGCACCAACUAAUCUCAUUAAUCAAAGCAUGGAAUUAUGUAAGAUAAAACAUGUAGUCCAUUGUGUUAAUCAUCCAAGUGAAUAUGAGGAGAUAAAUGAACAUCUUUCUGUUGUAACACCAUUGUGCGGUUUGAAGUUUGAACAUGGCUCACAACAUAUAACAAUGGUCUUCAAGUUUCUAUGCAAGAAUAGCUGCCAAUCCGGCAUGAAUCGGAGACCAACUGAAUUAACAUUUACUUUAGAAAAUCAUGAAGGCAAGAUUUUGGGCUGCCAAAAAUUGUUAAUCAGAAUUUGCAGUUCUCCCAAACGGGACAAAGAAAAAGAGGAAGAGAAUUUGGCGUCUGCAUCUCCCAGGCCGUCAAAUCUCUCAGACCGUCGAAAGUUUCCUAAAACUAGGCCAGUUGCCCUCACUACGAAGUCAUCUUCGUUCGAUAAUCAUGUCUAUAAAGUCGAAUUAAAUAUGCCCGGAAAAGAGAAUUAUUUGGCAAUUUACAAGUAUGCGUAUGAUUUAAUGGCUGGUCAAGCAUCAAGAACUGGUCGACAUGACUUUUUUAAGCCGUAUAUGGAAGAAGUAUCGCGCAAAACACCUUAAAUGUGAUUACUACCAUGUUCCAAAUAUUUUUUUUUAUAAGAUCAUUUUCAUUAAAAAUAUUUUAUUGUAAAUGUAUUUUAUGGUACAUCAUAUUUUAUAUGUAUGUUUGCAUUAUUCAUGAGAUACUGUUAUUAAUGUUAAAGCAGACAACACUCGUAUUUGAUAUGUACUGAUAAAAGUGCUUGCAUCAAGUGGUGUGUGUAUCAUGAAUAAGAUUUUAUUUUUAAUUAACUUAGUAUUGCAUGUAUUAAACUAGUGUUUUUAUUUUAUAUGAUGAACGAUAAAUGAUAUUCGUAAUACAUACAUAUAAGAAAUUUUAAUCUCGGAUUUAUAUCUUCUACUCAAAAUAGAUGCGAACAUCCAUACAUUGUGUAUCAGUUGACGAUUUACAAUAUUGAUGACGAAUAAAGGUUUUUUACUUUUGUAGAA